CAGGAUUUUUGUUUUGCUGUUUUUAUGAAGGAAAGGUGGAUUAUUACUGUAUAAAUUAAUUUGAGGGAGUUUUGUUUUUUCUUUUCCUUUUUUCGUAUUGUUUUCGAUUGAUUUUAGAAUGGAUGCUUCGAGUUCGAGAAUGCAGACGUUUGGUCAGACGGAGAUUAAUUGGGACAAACUCGACAAAACUAAAUUUUACGUUGUAGGAGCUGGAAUUUUUACUGGAGUUACAGUAGCAUUGUACCCUGUAUCUGUUGUAAAAACUAGGCUUCAGGUUGCUUCAAAAGACACUGUAGACAGAAAUGCCUUCUCAGUUAUCAGAGGCAUAUUGAAAAAUGAUGGAGUCCCUGGUCUCUAUCGAGGGUUUGGAACAGUCAUCACUGGUGCGAUUCCUGCGAGGGUGAUAUUUCUAACUGCUCUAGAAACUACGAAAGUUGCUGCUUUCCGCAUGGUUGAACCAUUUAAGUUUUCUGAACCUACACAAGCCGCUAUAGCUAAUGGAAUUGCUGGAAUGACUGCAUCUCUGUUUGCUCAAGGUGUUUUUGUUCCAAUUGAUGUGAUUAGUCAAAAGUUGAUGGUACAAGGAUACUCAGGCCAUGCAAACUACAAUGGGGGUCUAGAUGUUGCUCGGAAGGUUAUAAAGGCUGAUGGAAUCCGAGGGUUAUACAGAGGAUUUGGUCUGUCUGUCAUGACUUACUCUCCGUCCAGUGCUGUAUGGUGGGCUAGUUAUGGUUCUAGCCAACGUGUUAUCUGGAGUUUGUUAGGCCAUGGUUCAGACCUGAAGGAAGUUGCUCCUAGCACAUGGACUAUAGUGUCAGUGCAAGCUGCCGGGGGAAUCAUUGCGGGUGCUACAGCUUCCUGCAUCACAACUCCAUUGGAUACUAUUAAGACUCGCUUACAGGUGAUGGGGCAUGAGAAUCGACCUUCCGCAAGACAAGUCGCAAAGAUCUUAAUUGCAGAUGAUGGUUGGAAAGGUUUUUACAGAGGCUUGGGUCCAAGAUUCUUCAGUAUGUCAGCAUGGGGAACCUCAAUGAUAUUAGCUUAUGAAUACCUGAAGCGGUUAUGUGUGAAAGACAACUAAACAUGACCAACAACGUCAAACAAUUUUGCUUCUCGUCACAUGAAGAGCAGAAAUUUAGGUCGUUGGCUGACUGAGAGUCGUUAUAUUUCAGAAGACAGCCGUGUCAGAUUAUUACUAUUUUUCAUACUCCAAAUGGCCGGCGAUUGUGCGGCAAAUUUGGUGAUAAACAAGUUGAAUCACUUCAUUAAACAGAUUAGUUACUGAUUUUAAGAGACACAUUGCAUCUGGCUAUGAUUCUUUGAUGCUUUUGAAUACAUUCUUUCCAUGAACAGAGAAAAAGGAAAUUCUGAAAAGUUAGAAACUGAAGCAAGUAGCCUUAUGUAUCUGUCACCAAAGGCAAUAAAAAUUGUAUCCUUAUA